CUGCAAUCAUCUUAUUUUUCAUCUUGUUUUUGGAUCAUGUCGUAACAUUGAAAAGUCUUUAUAUCUUGUCUUUUGCAGUUGAUCUAUAGACCAGACAAUGGUGAGAUCCUUGGAGUUCAUAUCAUUGGAUUGCAUGCUGUAGACCUCAUUCAUGAAGCUUCCAAUGCCAUAGCUUUGGGGACCCGCAUACAGGUUAAAGUUGACACAUCUAGCCCAGCUAGUGAGCCAAUUGAUGUCUAAAGCUCCAUGGCGAACUACCAAAUGAUUUAUGAGGGGACUCACUCGCCUUUGUGUCGUCAAUAUUCGCUAAGGUGAUUUGUGUAAUUAUUCUGUGUUCCAUCUUUUGGGAGGUUCAACUUUUAUAGAAUAUGUACUGGCUUUUGUUGCCAAGUAAGAAAUGAGAAGUUUUUUUUUCAUGUUCUUUCCCAUAAUGUUUUAGACUUUUAGGUAAUAAUCUUUUUUGAGUUUGGCAAUGAGUGAAUAUAUUAACAUGAGGUAAUAUAUAAACUUUUAUUGAUUUUUUUGAUCUUUAUAGAAUUGUAUUUUCUUUUUUUAAUCACAUGUUUGUUCCUAAUGGUACAUACAUAAAGAUACAAAUUAAAGCAAGAGGAAGCUUGAACACUAGCUAAGAACUGGAAACCUUGAGAAGAGAGAAGUUUGACGUGUGUCGGUGGCUGCUGACAUCGAAGAAGAAGAGAGAAGCCUGGCGUGCGCUGGUAGCUGGUGACGUCGUUGAAGAAGAGAGAAGUCUGGCGUGUGCUGGUGGAUGCUGACGUCAUUGGAGAAGAGAGAAGUCUCACGUGCGUGGGUGGCUGCUUACAUCAUUGGAGAUGAGAAAAGUGUGACGUUGUUACGAAUGGGUCGCGAGAGGAGUCCGGGGCUACACAUCGGGGAGGCACGAUGGAAAGGGGAAGAGAGAUUGCGUUGUGUCACUAUGAUGUUAGAAGGCCCAGCUGCGGAUUGGUUCCGUUGGAGGCAAAACAAUGGCUUGAUUGAGGACAGGGAGGAUUUCGUCCGCAAGUUGAAACUCCGGUUCGACCCACUCCACUACGUGGAUUAUGUCGGCCAAUUGGCUCGCAUCCCGCAGGUUGGGGGAGUCAUGGAGUACCAGGCGGCUUUUGAGAAGGUACUGACCCAUGUUACAGAUGUGCCGGAACCCUACCUCCAAUCCUUAUUUCAAGUGGGUCUGAAGAAUGACUUACAACAUGAAAUUAGCCUGCUCCGCCCGGCUACGUUAUCGGAAUCCUUCGCCUUAGCACGCGAGUUGGAAGCUAGACAUCACGCCAUCGUGCAAUCAGUAGGGAUGAUGAGUUCAUCUUGGGGAUCCAAUUCGAGCCGCAGUAACCCUAAUCGGAUCGCACCCGAGGGGUCUGUGGGGUCGGUGACCAAACCGGGUCCUACGGGAAGUGGGAGCAAGCCCAACGCCAACGGGUGGGAAUCCUCUACGACAACCCCUAUAAGGCGACUCACCCGAGCGGAAAGAAUGCAGAAGGACGCAAAGGGGCUCUGUUACAACUGUGAUCAAAAGUGGCAUAAAGGACACAAGUGUAGAAGGUUCAUCUUGAUCAUGGGGGAUGACGAAGGAGAGGAAGAAGAGGAAGAACCAGACGAAGAGAUUGAAGUGGCAGCAAACAUCUCAAGCCUAAACAGCAUGGUCGGUGUCACCACACCCCGGUUUUUACGUCUAACGGGUCGAAGAGAGCAACAUAGAUUGGAUGUGUUGAUCCACGGGGGAAGUACACAUAACUUCGUCCACCCCCGGGCCGUAAAAAAAUUGGGGCUGAGCAUCGAACCGGUCACCGCCUUCAGGGUGUACGUGGGGAACGGGGACGCGUUGUGUUGUAACCAACAAUGCCGAGGGGUAUCACUGGAGCUCCAGGGCACGUCUUUCACAGUGGACCUCUAUGUCCUUCAAAUCCAUGGACACGACGUGGUCCUCGGCGUUCAAUGGCUGAGGUUGUUGGGCCGCGUCCUACACGACUACGACAAGGUAACGAUGGAGUUCACAUGGGGCGAACAUCAAGUCACCCUGCAUGGAGACACGCCACACACCAAACCCACGUCAUUGCUUCACUUGCGAGCUUUGCAUGCAAGGCGGGAAGUCUAUGCUGGAGUUAUCCUCGUGACAGUCAAGGAGGGGAUCGAGACGGGGGGUGGAUCUGGCAACGAGGAAGAGGGGCUGCCGAAGGAGAUGGUGGAGCUUCUGGCGAGGUACAAGGAAGUCUUUCAGGAGCCACAAGGACUACCACCACACCGGACCGCCGACCACCGAAUCUUCGUGCAACCCGGCGUGGCCCCGGUGAACGUACGAGCAUAUCGAUACCCACAUUUUCAGAAGGCGGAAAUAGAGACACAACCGUACCGCCAACACUCCGUAGCUCGGCCCAAAUCACAGAAGUUGGCUAGGAGAUUUUACAGGCCGUUCCGGGUGUUGGCCCGUGUCAGGGAGGCGGCAUACAAACUGGAACAACCAGAGGGCUCGAGAGUCCAUCCUGUGUUUCACGUAUCCCUCUUACGGCGCUAUUUUGGGAGCUUACCAGCGCAAGGACAACUAACGCUCCUGGAGGAAUUCGUGCAUGGCCAGCCUAUCUCGACACCGGUACGUGUUCACACCGAACGGUUUGUGUUGAUACGUGGCCAGGCAGUCAGGCAGUGGCUCGUAGAGUGGUCCGACGGGGACCGUGACGACACGACUUGGGAACCAUACGACAAAAUCCAGCAGCAUUUUCCCUCACUACACCUUGAGGAUAAGGUGUUUUCCCAAGAGGACGGGAAUGUGACGAAUGGGUUGCGAGAAGAGUCCGGGGCUACACAGCGGGGAGGCACAACCUCCAGUCCCCAGUCCUCUUCUUCUUCUGAGCGCCCGACUGCUUCUCCACAGAAGAAGCUGGUUGAUGCUUCCACUUGUGCCCCUUCUACAAGCGCGGCACAAGUGGUCUCGGUUGCCCGAUUGCUCCAAGAGCAACCGUCGUACAUGCAGAAAGCUCAAGUCCACAAGCUGCGCAAUCUCAUGCCGGAUGGAUAUCAACUGUCCUACCAGGCGACGUGGAAGAACAUUAUCUCUCUCCACACCGGUACGACGAUUGGUAUCCAUUACCAUUCCAUCAAGGACUUGGGUGAAUUUUCCAUUCACCCCUUCAAAGUCCUUUUCUUUGAAACCUACGGGAUCAUGCCCGAGCAGUUGGCCCCAAAUGGUCACCGUAUGUUGAGUUCCUUCAUCAAUGUUUGUCUCUUUCUACGCAUCCCUCUUUCUCUUCGUCUUUUUGACCACAUGUUCGAUGUCCGGCCCGGGUCCAAGGAAACCCUUGGAUUCGUGAUCGUGUCCUCCCACCAGGGCCGGGCAUUCCUCUCGGGCCUUCCUCCUUCUAACAGGGGUUGGAAGGACAAAUAUGUCUCUAUCAAGUUUCCCUCGAGUGCUUUUCCUUUCGCCCAAAAUGCCUGGGGGAAAGGAUGAAAGCCUAGGGAGACUGAUGACCUGGCUGCCUGGGAAGCCACCCUCCGAACCGGGGACACCUCAACCCGCGGCCCCUAUAACGUUGGGAAGUGGGGGGUCUACCCGGGUCGGGAGACUGACCCUGAACCAGAGAUCGUUCUAGAAGAGACGAUCCCAGACGCCAUUCCUCUCUGCCGCGUGCAAGGGUCUAAUG